CAUAGUCGAUCGAUCGAUCGACCGCCUGCGUUUCUUACUCUCUUUACACUUUCGGCCAUAUUUGAAGUACUAAUUAUUUCAUCUGGAGGUGAAGUAUAGAAGAGAGGAGUCCAAGGAAAGUUAACCAGUUAAAUAGUGCGAAAAUGAACUUUAUCCAUCUGAGGUUUGAGGCAGAGUCGAUUGAGAUAGCUGGUGAGAACCAAUAAGAUUCACAAUGCAGUACUCUGAGGAGCAACUUAACUACUUUCGAUUAUGUCACGUUGGGUUCAACUUGGUUCCAGAAGGACUAAGGCGCAUUUUCAAACAAGAGUGGAACUUCCGGUUUAAAACUCCUUUGGGGGGAGAAUGGCAAGACACGCCACAAAACGGACGACAAUUUUUCAGCAAGGAAGGAAAACGAAGUCGGUCAAAAAACGCGCGAUAUUUAGCAACGGUACAGAGUGGCAAUACAACAGAAUGGGACUGCAGUUGUUUAUUCUUUGCCAUCCUUUACUCGGAUAGCAUUGGUAGCACCCUCGCUGUAGCGAUCAAAAGCGAUGUCGAUGAUCUCCGCCAAGUUCGAAAUGAUAUUGCACAUAUUUGUGAGGGUAAGCUGACUGAUGCCGAGUUCCAGAAUCACAUAGGAAGGGUACUGCGCUCAUUUACGUCAUUGGGUCUUCAGGUCAAUGAUAUUGAGGCUGUGAGAAAGCAGACAAGUUUCCCAACAGCCGAGUUACAGAAUCUGGCGAGUCUCGUUGAUACCUUAAAGAAAGAAUCAAAGAGAAAAGAAGUAGACCUGCAAGAAACGCGGAAUACGCUACGAAAGAAAGAGGAGGAAGUGGAAGUUCUCACACAGGAAAUUGAAUUCAAGAUAGAGCCAUUUUGUAUUCUCUCUUCUGAGCCAUCUCACGAAGUCAUCAGACGUACAAAUGACAUCAAGAGACUCAUGGAAAAGUUGAAAGACCUUCAAGAUGCCACCCACGAUCAGCAAACUGUUAGCACUGUGUAUAUCUCUGGAACUCCUGGAUGUGGGAAAACUCAACUUGCCCGUCAACUCGGCCAAGAGUUCUUUGCAACAUCGCGUGACAGUCACGGUCUCACAUUUGUAGCAACAAUAAAUGCAGAAAGUAUUGAGACUAUUGCUACAUCUUACAUCACCCUCGGUAAACAUCUAGGAAUCACUGAAUAUUCCCUGACGAAGCUUGAAACUUCAAGAAGAGAAAGACCACCGGAGACUAUUCAGUAUCUCAAGCUCUUAAUCAUGAAGAGGGUUAGGAAGUUUUCAAAGUGGCUAAUAAUAGCUGACAACGUAGACCAAUUAAAUGCUGUUCGCAGAUUUCUUCCUCAAACUUCCAGCAAGGAAUGGGGUCACGGUCAGGUGCUGUUCACCACUCAAAAUGGAAGUUCGAUUCCCUGUAAUGCUAAGCAUACAUAUCACGAGUCGUUCAGCCAAGGAAUGGAGGAAGACGAAGCAGUUAACCUUUUGAAAAGUGUGUCGCAAAUUGCUGAUGAAGAGAAAGCAAAACAAGUUGUCAAAGUCCUUGAGUAUCAACCCCUAGCACUAGCUGCUGCUGCGUAUUAUGUCCAAACUGUUGCAGCGACUGGAUCUCCUCACUACAGUUGGGCAGACUACUUGGCCGUUUUGAUGCAAGGUCAGCGAGAAGCAACCGAGGAACUUCUGGCGAAAGAGAGCCCAGCUUACCCGCACAAAAUGACAACUGCCAUAAGGUUGGCUCUGAAAAAGGCGAUCGAAAAUGAUACGGUUCUUCGGCAGACUUUCAUUUUCCUCUCACUUGGUGCCUCAGAAUCUAUUCCAAUGGAAUCUGCUGUAGAAUUCGUCCACUAUUACUGUGAAGAGUUACCAGAGGAGUUAGUCGAGUCAAAGAUUUCUAGAUCUUCCCUCUUUCUUUUCGCGAACGACGGUGAAGAUUGGAUUUCGGAAAUUGCCUGCAACUUGCUUGAUAAAUGGAACUGUCAAGAUACCGGGCUACCAAACGUCAUUUUGAAAGUGGGUGUACUUUCAGUACGUGGAACUGUUCACAUGAACAUUGGAAAAUAUCAGCAAGCUAAAGAACUGUUCGAACAGGCGUUGAGCAUUCAGCAAACAUUCGUCGAAGAAUUCAACAUGGCUGCAGGCGUCAGUCGUAUGGAGUUGGGUGACGCUCCCAAUAAACAAUCCAAAGUUUGCAACUGGCUCUUGAUGUCCAUCGAAUACGUCCCUUUGGCAGACCUGUAUAACGAUUUAGGAAUGGUUUACUGUUUCACUGAACAGCACAAUCAGGCCAUAGAACAGCUAGAGAAGGCUUUGGAGAUUCUAAAAAUGACUUAUGGCGAAGACCAUCCCAGGGUGCCAGAAACUUACAACCGCUUAGGCUUUGUUUACAGCGAAAUUGGAAAAUACAAAGAAGCCAAAGAUCUGCUCGAAAAGGCGGUGCACAUUCUGGCCAAGAAUUAUGGCGAAGAACAUGUUUACGUAGCAGACACGUGUUGCCUGUUAGCAAAAGCAAACACCCAUAAUGAAGAAUAUGAGACAGCCAAAGAACUAUACGUUAGAGCGCUGAAGGUUCAGAUGAAGAUAAGGGGCGAAGAUCUUAGUGUUGCUCAUAGUUAUUUCGGCCUUGGGGGUGUCUUCCAUAGCAUUGGCCAAAACGAGAAAGCCAAAGAACAGUACGAGAAAGGGUUGGUGAUUCAGAGAACGAUAUUCAAUGAAGAGAACGCCAUUAUAGCGAGAACUUAUAGCUCACUGGGUGAAAUAUACCGAGGUAUGGAGGAGCUCAGUCAAGCCACACACCACCACAACAAGGCACUCAACAUUUUAAAGAAUACUUUUGGUGAAGGGCAUCGCGAUGUGGCAGCAUGCUAUACCCGUUUAGGACACUGUUUCUUAAGCAUUCAACAAUACAAUGAAGCUAAAGAAAACUAUGAAAAAGCAUUAAUGAUACCGAAAAAAAUUUUCGGUGAGGAGCAUCGUGAUGUGGCAACGGGCUAUUACAACUUAGCAAACAUGUAUGAAGAGAUUGGGGAAUACAAGGAAGCCAUAGAACUAUAUAAAAAUUCACUUGCUAUCAGGAGAAAAAUCGACGACAAUUGA